AUGACAUGUCUUCGCUGGCCAGGUAAUAUCUAUACGCGGGAUCCAGCGUAUAUAACUGCUCUUACUGUUACCAAUGUAAAAAAUUUGACGAAAGAAAAUCCCAUUAUGAUGAUUCUAUUUACAGUUGACUGGUGUACAAAAUGUCAUCUGGCUUGGUCAGAAUAUAAAUUACUAGCACGAGAAGUAAAUCAGUUAAGUCUACCUGUUCUCAUGACAUAUGUCAAUCAAACAACUGAUGAAAUUCUGGUGGAUGAAUUUCAAAUAAAAGAGUUUCCUACUGUUGUGUUAAUGAAUUAUGGGGAGAAAUUAUAUUAUCAUGGCGUGUAUUCUACACAAGCUUUAUUAGACUUUCUCAAAAGUGAAAUUGAUUCCCCGAUAAAACUUUGCUCAAGUGUUGAAGAUAUUGAAAUACAUCGGGAAAAAGAUGAUGCUGUUUUACUUGGUUUAUUUCACACAACUAAACACUAUAAUUUUCUCAAGUUUAAACUAACAGCCAAAAAAGCAUAUAAAUAUAUUAAACCAAUGGUUUCAACAACGAAGACAGUUCUUCAGCAUUUCAACAGUGAUCAGACCAAUUAUUCAAUUUUAAUAUUAAAAUCAACACGUUUUUCACCCAAUCAUUUACCGGACAACAUAGUGAAUGUAACAAAUCUUUAUGAAAAUGUCUCUCUAAAUGCUAAGCAAAUUGUCAAUGAAAUUAAGUAUAAACAACUUUCACCAGUCGGUUUGUACAAUCAUCAUUCAUCUGCCUUAUAUAAUUCGGUUGAAAAUAUUACUUUGUGUAUCGUUACAUUUCCGGUCAGUUUACAACAACGUAAUUAUAAAGCGAUCAACACUUUGGCUGAAGAUCUUCGAAAAAUGAGUGAAGAAAAUUUUAAGGAAAAGAUUUACUGGGUGAUUGUAGAUGAUACUGAAAAUUCAAAUUUUGUAGAAAGUUUUCAGGAUGAACAAGAACAAUCGGAAGAGCUCAUAGCAGGUUGCAAAAUAAACGGUCAGAAAUAUCAACUUUAUAGUAAGAAACGUGAUAUGGACGAGUUAAAACUAUUCGUAGCGAAAUCUUUACUUAAAGGUUUGUUGUUUUAUUUCAUUGUGAACAUUUCUUAUAAAACGCCUGAUUACUCAAGGAAUCGCUAG